CUGUCAGAUCACAGCUCCUUCACUUGUAGAGCAGACCGGUUUCACCUGGAGGAUUAAGCCCAGAUAUGAGGCUCUGUUUCUGGACCAGAUCUUGGUGUCUUCUGCCUGUCCUGGUUCUUCUUACUCUCCUACAUGUCAAAGCAGACCAGCAGCCCAAAGAGAGACACUAUUACAUCGCUGCCGAGGAGAUAGACUGGGACUACUCUAACAAUGACACAAACAGGUUUGGUCCCACCUAUAGGAAAACGGUAUUUCGGGAGUAUGACGAAGACUUCAGACAGGCUAAGACUCAUCCCUCCUGGUUAGGUCUACUCGGACCCACACUGAGGGCGGAGGAGGGCGAGACCAUCGUCGUCACUUUCAAAAACAUGGCCACAGGACCGCACAGCAUCCACCCACACGGGGUCGCUUACGGGAAACAGUCGGAGGGGGCCAACUACUUUGACAACACGUCACAGAAAGAGAAAGAGGACGACGUGGUGCAGCCUAACAGCCAACACGUUUACUACUGGGAGGUGACAUCAGAUGUUUCUCCACAGCCACAUGACCCCACCUGUCUCACCUACACCUAUAUCUCACACAAAAAUGUUGUCCAGGACUACAACUCGGGCCUCAUCGGUACUUUGCUCGUCUGCAAGCCUGGCAGUCUGGAUGAGUCGGGGCAGCAGGUCGGCGUCCACCAGGAGUACGUGUUCCUCUUUGGGGUUUUUGAUGAGAGGGAGAGCAAGUACAAACAACCAAACUGCCAUGACAACCAUGACAACCAUGUGAAAUACACCAUCAACGGAUACACAAUGGGAUCACUGCCUGAUGUCAGUGUGUGUGCCUACUCCUCUGUGAGCCUGCAUCUGGUGGGUAUGAGUUCAGAGCCUGAGGUCUUCUCUGUGCACAUGAACGGCCAGGUUCUGCAGCAGACCGGGCAUAAAGUGUCAUCGAUCGGCCUGAUCACUGGCUCCACCGCCACCGCCAGCAUGGUGGCUCUCCACGCAGGCCGCUGGCUGCUGUCCUCGCACACCUUCAAGCACAUGGAGGCUGGCAUGCACGGUUUCGUGGAUGUGAAAAAGUGUGAUGGCUUCAAUGCUCCGCAGCGAAGGAUGACCAUCGAACAGAAACGACACAGCAGGGUGUGGACGUACUACAUAGCUGCUGAGGAAAUUACCUGGGACUAUGCACCUAAUACGCAAGAACACAUUGAGGGGGACUUCAAGUUCCAGUACCUGAAACAGUCAUCAACACGCAUAGGUGGGAAGUACAAGAAGGCGGUGUACACGCUGUACAAGAACGAGUCAUUCACUGAAAGGUCAGAGCUCAAGCAAAGGAAAAAUGAGCUUGGGAUCUCGGGCCCAGUGAUCAAAGCGCAAAUCAGAGAUGUCAUCGAGAUUGUUUUUAAGAACAUGGCCUCCAGGCCCUACAGUAUCUAUCCACAUGGACUGACAAUAGAGAAGUCAGAAGAGGGAGUCAACUACCCAGCAGGAGGCAACCAGUCUCAUGGCGUUCAGCCAGGUGAGACACACACCUACUUAUGGAAAGUGGUCGACGAAGAUGAGCCUUUCGACGGGGACUCUCGGUGUUUGACCCGACUGUACCACAGCGCCGUGAACACACCACGCGACAUCGCCUCAGGACUGAUCGGACAAAUCCUCAUCUGCAAGAGUCGGUCCCUCAAUAAGAGGGGUGUGCAGCUGAAAGCAGACAAGGAGCAGCAUGCUAUGUUGGCUGUCUUCGACGAGAACAAGAGCUGGUACCUGGAUGACAACAUCCACCAAUACUGCGAUCGAUCCAAAGUCAACAAGGCGGACCCGGACUUUUAUAAGUCCAAUGUCAUGCACACAAUCAACGGUUAUGUGUUUGAGAGUGGUCCGCUCUUGGGCUUCUGCAAUGGUGAGGUUGCGACAUGGCACGUGUCCAGCAUUGGAGCUCAGGACUACAUCCAGACAGCUACUUUCUACGGCCAUCCAUUUGAUCUGAAUGGGCAGAUGGAGGACUUCCUCAGCCUCUACCCGAUGACUGGAGAGACCAUCACUAUGAACAUGGACAACAUUGGUGUGUGGCUCAUGGCUUCCCUGAAUUCCCAUGAGACAACCAAAGGAGUGCGCGUUAAGUUUCAGGAUGUUGAGUGCUAUCGUGAUCACCAGUACGACUACACUGACGAUGACGAUCAAGAGUUCAAAGAAUUUACUGUGUGGAACCCCAUGAGCUUGACUGAUAUCAUUAAAGAAGAGAAUAAGCCAACAGCUGAAUUAAACACACCAACGGAGACAGACUAUUACACAGACCUGUUUGCAGAUGAAUUAGGUCUCAGGUCUCUGAAGAACCAAUCUAGUGACUCAGAUGUGGAGAAGCUGGACCUCUCUUUCCUCAACUAUGAUGCUACUGACGUGCCUGGUGGAGAUAUGAAUAUCAACCCUAAUUUCAAUGAGACAAAGAAUAAAAGACAGACUUCUAUUCCAAAGCCAAAUGCACUAAAUGAGACAUUAUUUUCAAAUUGGACAGAGGUGGAUGGACUUAACCCUACUGCAGUUCAUUUGCUGAACCAAAGCAUAAUUGAGAACACAACACACGUGCAGAACAAUAGCACAUCAUCAACUUUUGGCAAUUCUUCUGUGAAUAAAACAGAGAACAUGACCGUUUUUUAUAGCCCAAAUAUAUCACCAAAGAAUGACAGCACAACUACAAACAGCAGUGUGUCUGUAGACCCAAAUAUUGAUAACGCCACAGUGUCUGACACAAAGAACAUAACAGCUCACAAUGCUACGGUGUUAUCAAUGGUUGGAAAUGUAUCAAACGAGAUUACAAAUCUUACGGUUGCGUCACAAGAAACUGCCAAUCUUACUGAAACUUCAAGAGGAAAUUCAAGUUCUAUCAUGGAGACUGAAAGAAUGAAUGUAACCCUGACCGGUGAUAACCAGACUUCUGUGGGCAUGGCGUUGGCGGAGGACUCAGAGGAGAGACUCACCAGAGGGGACGUGUUCUCUUACUCUGUGCCGCUAUCCAAUACCAGCAACAAUAACGCCACAACUCUGUCACACAGUGCAGAAGAAGAAGAUGAGAAUAACACAGCAGCUAAACAUGUUAACGUAUCAGCAGAUGGAAGAAACCGUUCAUCGUCUAUUCCAUCGGAGAUAGAUCUCCAUGUUGGAGAGGUAAACUUCAGCAGCAUAGACAGAAGCAACUUGACCAUUUUAGAGUUGGAGGUGGAGAGCACAGACAACAUAACUAGAGACAAUGAAUCCCUGAUCACCGCAGAAGAGCCAGAGUAUUUGAGCUCAUUUGAAGUUCCAACGAAUUCCUCUGACUUGACUAUUUCAGCCAAUUCCAGCCUUGAAAAUGCAACAAACGUUCUGCUCGUAACUGAGCCGCCACAGAAUGUCACAGCGAAUGCAUCCAGAUCAAAUUCAUCAGAGGAGAUUAUUUCAAGAAAGAUCAACUCUGAGGAGCUAAGUGCCACAGACCACAGUGAAGAAGUGCAUAUCUACCUUUCAGAAAACAAAUCAGAGGUGAUUAAAACCACCUCCGUCAAAACGCAGGGGCACAACUGGACUUAUGAUGGAACCCACCAAAUGGAACCCAUGGACAUUUCUGACUACAUCAUGAAAUAUCUUGAUCGAGAAACCACUCAAACAACGGCGCCGCCAAAGAAGAAGAUCAAGAAGGUGAACCUCCGACAGUGGCCCGAGAAGGGCCAAGGCAUGAAAACGAAGAAGAAGAAGGAAUACAAGCCUCAGUCCAGGGGUGCCUUACCGUUCUCUCCUCGUGGUUUCAAUCCAGGCAUGACCCCGCGCGGGUCACGACCUCUUUCCCAACAGCUUGUCUCCGAUGAGGAGUCGCUCAUCAACAUGCCCGUGGUCAUCGGUGUGCCCCGGCCGGAUUUCAGCGACUACGAGCUGUACAUUCCUGGGGGAGAACCAGCUCAUCUAAAGAUAGAUGACGAAAAUAUGAACGCAGAUGAAUACGAGUUUGUGACCUACGUAGACCCCUACAGCAAGCAUGAUGACAUUAAGAAUCUGAACCUGGAUGAAACAACCAAAUACUACUUAAAACUCUCAGGCUCGAAUGUGAGGACUUAUUUCAUCGCUGCAGAGGAGGUUGAGUGGGAUUACGGUGGCUACGGACAGAGUAGGCAAGACAAGUCCCAACAAAACAGCAGAGAAACUAAGUUCACCAAGGCGGUUUUCCGAGGUUACAUGGACAGCAGCUUCAGCACACCUGACAUCCGUGGAGAGAUCGAUGAGCAUCUAGGCAUCCUGGGACCUGUCAUUAAGGCGGAGGUUGGACAAAGCAUCAUGGUGGUGUUCAAGAACAAAGCCAAACGUCCGUACUCCCUACACCCAAAUGGGGUUAGCUAUACCAAGCAGACAGAGGGUCUGUCCUAUAACGAUGGCUCUAAGUACUGGUAUCAAUACGACAAUGAGGUUCAACCCAAUACCACCUUCACAUAUAUAUGGAAGGUUCCUUCCAUGGUUGGGCUGAUACCAGCCGGGUCUCACUGUCGGACUUGGGCCUACUAUUCAGGUGUCAAUCCGGAAAGGGAUAUGCACUCUGGCUUGAUCGGGCCUUUGUUGGUGUGUCGAGAGGGCACCCAGGACAAGAACAAACCAGACAUGAGGGAGUUCACGCUGCUUUUCAUGACCUUCGAUGAGUCGCAGAGCUGGUACUACGAGAAGAACCACGAGAGGAUGCAAAGGAAAAGCCGAAGAAGAAUUAUGGACAACAACUUAACGGAUAACCUCAAAUUCCACUCCAUCAAUGGCAUCAUAUACAACCUGAAGGGACUGAGGAUGUACACCAACCAGCUGGUGUGCUGGUACCUGAUCAACAUGGGUUCUCCAACAGACUUUCAGAGCGUCCACUUCCACGGACAGACGUUCAUCCACAAGAAGAUCACCAACCAUAGACAGGCCGUCUACCCACUGCUGCCUGGGAGCUUUGCCACUCUGGAGAUGUACCCAUCCAAACCUGGCCUGUGGCAGCUGGAGACAGAAGUGGGUUUCAACCAACAGAAAGGAAUGCAGACACUCUUUCUGGUUCUCGAUAACGACUGCUACCGUCCGCUGGGUUUAGAAUCAGGCAGCGUGAAAAAUGACCAGAUCACAGCAAUCAACACCAGAGGUAACUGGGUGCCACAUCUGGCCAGAUUGAACAAUAACGGUCAAUACAACGCAUGGAGCACCGAUCAGAACAAAAGUUGGAUUCAGGUGGACUUCCAGAGGCCAGUUGUGCUCAGCCAGGUGGCCACACAGGGAGCCAGGCAGAUGUUCCAUUCCCAGUAUGUGAUCAAGUACUUGAUCUCCUACAGCACCGACCGCCGGAAGUGGAUCUUCUAUAAGGGCGACAGCCAGCACCUCAGGAAGGUGUUCAUUGGGAACCAGGAAGCCUACGAGGUUAAAACAAACACCUUCUCUCCUCCUGUGAUUGGACGGUUUGUAAGGCUACACCCAAUUGAAUGGUACAACACGGCCACAGUCCGCAUGGAGUUCUACGGCUGUGAGCUUGACGGCUGCUCUGUGCCUCUGGGGAUGGAGAGCAGACUGAUAGAAGACCAACGCAUCACAGCCAGCUCCUCGGCCUCCAGCUGGUACUCUGGACCCUGGAAACCUUCUCUUGCACGGCUCAACAAACAGGGCACCAUCAAUGCAUGGCAGUCAAAGUACCGUGACAUGAACCAGUGGCUUCAGGUGGAGCUGCCCCAAGUUAAGAAGAUCACAGGUAUCAUAACACAAGGAGCCAAGUCUCUGGGGAAAGAGCAGUAUGUCAUUUCCUACGCUCUGCAGUACAGCGACAAUGGGAAACACUGGAGUCAGUACACAGAUGAUGAGAACCUCUCUUUCAAGACUUUCUUGGGAAACACAAAUAACAACGACCACGUGAAGAACUACAUCUACCCUCCUAUUUUCUCCCGCUUCAUCCGAAUCAUCCCCAGAAGCUGGAUGAACUCCAUCACCAUGAGAAUAGAACUACUGGGCUGUGACUUUGAGUGACACACAGAUACAUGCAUACCAAAUGAUGAAGGGUCAAGUAAAACACACACAUGCAGUGUACCAGACAUAGGGUCAUGUAUGGAGGAUGAUACAUGCAUAAAUAUAUCACUGCCCUUGUGUGCAGGAAAAAACAAACACAUACUUACAUAUAUUGUUUAGGCCAAAACUCAUAAGAUGUGCAAAGUGUUUUAUUAAAGCAAAUAUGUGCCCAGUUAAAAUGAGCUAUAAAACUCAUUGUUAAGUGAAGUAGGUCAUUUUCAACCUUUUGUCAAUAGUUUUGUGUUAUUGAAAUACUAGUUGUAUUUUUAAGAUUAUAUAUGGCAUGUUUGUCCAUCACGAAUUACUCUAAAUGAUUGUAAAUAUGUAAGUAGAGCUCAUGUAAUUUAUUUUUUAAUAAAUAUGAUUCCUAUUCUUA